GCCACGGUCCACAGAAGAGGAUAAAAAAUAAAACCCAGAGACUAACUAACACCAAAGAACGCCGCCCCAAGAACUUUAAAUUAUAUUUGUUUAAUAUAUUUUUUUUUUUUUGCCAAACCAUUUUGGCCCCAGUGUUACGGUGGUGUGUUCGUUGUUAGUAGUGUGCCAUGAUGUUGCAGGAUAAAGGAUGGAUCCCGGUGACCCUGGUCACACUGGUGAUCACCCUGAUCACGCCCUCGUGGGCUGCCUACAAGCUCCAGGAACGCUAUAGCUGGAACCAACUGGACUUCGCCUUCCCGAAUGCCCGAUUGAAGGAGCAGGCCCUCGCCAGUGGCGAUUAUAUUCCACAAAAUGGUCUUCCCGUUGGCGUCGAGCACUUUGGCAAUCGACUAUUCGUCACAGUUCCUCGCUGGCGAGACGGAAUCCCAGCCACUCUGACUUAUAUAAACAUGGAUCGCAGCCUGACGGGCUCACCGGAACUGAUUCCCUAUCCCGAUUGGCGAUCGAAUACCGCUGGAGAUUGUGCGAACAGCAUAACGACCGCGUAUCGCAUCAAAGUCGACGAGUGCGGUCGUCUGUGGGUUUUGGACACUGGAACCGUGGGCAUUGGCAAUACCACCACCAAUCCCUGCCCCUACGCCGUGAAUGUUUUCGAUCUGACCACGGAUACGCGAAUCCGGAGAUACGAACUUCCUGGUGUGGACACCAAUCCGAAUACCUUCAUCGCCAAUAUUGCCGUGGAUAUUGGCAAGAGUUGCGACGAUGCCUAUGCCUAUUUUGCCGAUGAACUGGGCUAUGGCCUGAUUGCCUACUCGUGGGAAUUGAAUAAAUCCUGGCGGUUCUCGGCCCAUUCGUACUUCUUCCCCGAUCCUCUGAGGGGCGAUUUCAAUGUGGCCGGCAUUAAUUUCCAAUGGGGCGAGGAGGGCAUCUUUGGCAUGUCCCUGUCGCCGAUUCGUUCGGACGGCUAUCGUACCCUGUACUUCAGUCCCUUGGCCAGUCAUCGACAGUUUGCCGUUUCCACGAGGAUUCUGCGAGAUGAGACCAGGACAGAGGAUAGCUACCAUGAUUUUGUGGCCCUCGAUGAACGUGGUCCGAAUGCCCAUACCACUUCGCGUGUGAUGAGCGACGAUGGCAUCGAGUUGUUUAAUUUAAUCGAUCAAAAUGCCGUCGGUUGCUGGCACUCUUCGAUGCCCUACUCACCGCAAUUCCAUGGCAUUGUGGAUCGCGAUGAUGUGGGCCUGGUCUUUCCGGCCGAUGUGAAGAUUGAUGAGAAUAAAAAUGUUUGGGUUCUAUCGGAUCGCAUGCCAGUCUUUUUGCUCUCCGAUCUGGAUUAUGCUGAUACCAAUUUCCGUAUUUACACCGCACCGCUGGCCACACUGAUUGAGAAUACUGUGUGUGAUUUGAGGAAUAAUGCCUACGGGCCACCGAAUACGGUUUCGAUACCCAAGCAAGCAGCUGCUCUGCCCAUCGGUCCACCGUUGUACACCAAACAAUAUCGUCCUGUUUUGCCACAGAAACCGCAGACCAGUUGGGUCUCAUCGCCACCGCCCCCGAGUCGCACUUAUUUGCCAGCCGGAAAUCCGGGAAAUGUGGUAUCCAGCAUCAGUGUAACCUCGAAUACAGUGGGUCCUGCCGGUGUUGAGGUGCCAAAGGCUUACAUUUUCAAUCAGCACAAUGGAAUUAAUUACGAGACAAGCGGUCCCCAUCUGUUUCCCACCCAUCAACCGGCUCCAUCGAUCGGUCAGGAUGGCCUGAAAACCUAUGUGAACGCCCGCCAAUCUGGAUGGUGGCACCACCAGCAUCAGGGUUAAGCAUUAACCCAUAUCUUCCCACUCACUCUCGCUUCUUGUAUAGGAUAUUUAAUGACAAAACACUCUCAUGAGCAAAAUGAAACCAUAAACACAGGGCAACAGCGGUUAUUUGAUAAAACAACAAAAAAUCACACGAUGUAUUGGCAAGUGGCAAAUCGAGUAUUUCCCCUAGCUUUG